GGAGUGACAAAAGUGAAAGAGAGAGUGAAGGAGAUUCAAGGAGAGUUUGACUUAGAUAUUGCUCUGUGUUAUAGAACAGUUUAAAGAACAAGGAUACACAGCAGAAAAGGGUACAGCUGCAGGACCAGACGAGUGAAUGGAUGCCUUUUGCAGUCUAAGUGGACUUGAUCCUCUGUGGGACUGGAACCAGACAUGGUACACGCAUAACCCUGAAUUGAGCGACUGCUUCCAGAACACAGUACUGGUGUGGGCUCCAUGCAUCUACCUGUGGGUCUUCUCUCCAUUCUAUUGCCUUCAUCUGUACUGCCAUGGCCGAGGUCGGCUGCCCCUCUCUUCGCUCUGCAGUGCCAAGCUGUUGUUGGGGUUCUUCUUGGCAUCCUUCGGUUUUGUGGAAUUUUUCUACAUCCUGUUGGAAAGAAGACAGCAAAUCGAGCAACACCUUGUCUUCUUGCUCAGUCCCAUCUUACGCAGUCUCACCGUGGUUUUAGCUGUGUGUGUGAUUAAUUGGGAGAGAGUAUGGGGAUGUCGUUCCUCUGUCUUCCUGUUCUUCUUCUGGCUGUUGGGCGUUGUCUGCUCCCUGAUUCCGCUUCAUACAAAGAUCCAGCUGGCUCUAGAGCAGGGUUUCUCUCCGGAUAUUGUGCGGUAUCUGGCCUUUUUCUCUCACUUUGCCCUGCAGUUGGCGCAGCUCUUCCUUAGCUGUUUUGCAGACCGGGCACCUUCAGGCAAAGCUGUCCUCAAGAACUCAUGUCCUGUUCAAGAUGCAUCAUUCUUGUCCAAGAUGCUCUUUUGGUGGUUUAGCGGGUUAGUUUUUAAAGGAUACCGUUCUCCACUACAAGCAGAGGAUCUAUGGAGUCUGAGAGAAGAGGAUACAUCUGAGAGAAUCAUAUCGGACCUAGAGGAAGAAUGGACAGUGGAGCGCACCAAGUUACAGCAGCAACAGAACUACCUAAGCAACAGUAUUGCCUUGGGAUCUCGACUACCAGACCAGGCUCAACUCCUCAGGAAGAUCCAGAAAGAGCAGAGUUCAGGAUUCUGUCUCUUACGAACAUUAGCACGUAGCUUUGGACCCUACUUCCUUACCGGGACACUGUGCCUGAUGUUCCAUGAUGCUUUCAUGUUUGCAGUUCCACAGGUUCUAAGUCUGUUGUUAGGCUUUAUGAAGGACGAGGAAGCUCCACUGUGGAAGGGCUAUUUCUAUGCCUCUCUUCUAUUCCUACUCUCUUGUCUUCAGUCAGUCUUCAACCACCAAUACACAUACACUUGCUUUACUGUGGGCAUGCGGGUGAAAACAGCUGUCAUGGGCCUGGUUUACAGAAAGUCUCUUGUCAUGAAUAGUGGAGCACGCAGAACAUGCACAGUGGGGGAAAUAGUGAAUCUUGUCUCUGCUGAUACCCAAAAGAUGAUGGAUUUUGUAGUGUAUUUCAAUGCAGUGUGGCUGGCACCCAUUGAGGUCACACUCUGUCUCUUCUUUCUUUGGCAGCAUUUAGGACCAUCGGCUCUUGCAGGCAUCGCCACAGUGAUCCUUAUUUUCCCUUUGAACGGAUUCAUUGCAAGGAAGAGAAGCAAACUCCAGGAAAUCCAAAUGAAGUACAUGGAUGGACGGGUCAAGUUAAUGAACGAGAUUCUAAAUGGUAUUAAAAUCUUGAAGUUCUAUGCUUGGGAAAAGGCCUUUCUGGAGCAGGUCCUGGGAUACAGAGAGAAGGAGCUUAAAACUCUGAAGAAAUCUCAGAUCUUAUACUCUGUGUCCAUUGCCUCCUUCAACUCCUCAACAUUCUUGAUUGCUUUUGCUAUGUUUGGAGUUUAUGUGCUCAUUGACGACAAGAAUGUUCUGGAUGCUCAGAAAAUCUUUGUGUCGAUGGCUCUCAUCAACAUCCUGAAAACUCCACUCAGCCAGCUUCCUUUUGCCAUGAGCACAACCAUGCAGGCUGUCGUCUCUCUUAAGCGUCUGGGGAAAUUUCUCUGUCAAGAUGAGCUUAAACUAGACAAUGUGUCCAGAGACCCGUUUAAAUCUGGUGAGGAUGGUUUAGUGUUUGAGAAUGGAACUUUCAGCUGGUCUAAAGAUGGCCCUCCAUGUCUAAAAAGGAUCAGCGUUAAAGUUCCCUGUGGUUCGCUCGUUGCUGUCGUCGGCCAUGUUGGCAGUGGAAAAUCGUCGCUGCUUUCUGCCAUGCUCGGAGAGACUGAAAAAAGAAGCGGGACCGUCUCUGUCAAGGGCUCCAUUGCCUACAUUCCCCAGCAAGCGUGGAUCCAGAAUGCCAGCCUGCAGGACAACAUUCUGUUUGGAAGGGAAAAGAAAGAAAGCUGGUACCAGCGAGUGCUGGAGGCAUGUGCCCUGCUACCUGAUCUAGACAACCUGCCUACAGGAGAUGCCACUGAGAUCGGUGAGAAGGGUAUAAAUUUGUCUGGAGGGCAGAAACAGAGGGUGAGUCUUGCACGUGCUGUUUACCGAAAAGCUGAUGUCUAUCUACUUGACGACCCUUUGUCUGCUGUGGAUGCACAUGUUGGUCAGCACAUCUUCAACAAAGUCAUUGGACCCAAGGGCAUACUAAGAGACAAGACACGAGUUUUGGUGACCCAUGGAAUGAGCUUCCUGCCUCAGGCGGAUUUGAUCCUGGUUCUGGUAGAUGGGGAGAUCUCAGAAAGAGGAUCAUAUAAGGAGCUUUUGAACAGGAAUGGAGCUUUUGCUGAUUUCAUCCAUACAUUUGCAUGCUCUGAAAGGAAAGAGUGCCUUUCAGAGGACUUUAAAAGAGGCUCCAGAAAGUCCUUAAGAUUGAGUGUUGCAGACUUCAUGCCAUUCUCCAGGGAUCUGUCCCAAGAGCAGCUCAUUGGUGGUGACACAAACAGCAUUACAAUGCAGAGUGUUGAGCCGCUAACCGAUUCUGAUGAGGACCAAAUCCCAGAAGACCUAGGGAAACUGACUAAGGUUGAUAAAGCAAGGAUAGGCAGAGUCAAACUUGAGUUGUACAUUGAAUACUUCCGCACCAUUGGUUUGCCUUUGAUUGUUUCCAUUGUAUUCCUUUAUGCCUUCCAACAAGCUGCGUCUCUGAGUUAUAAUUACUGGUUAAGCUUGUGGGCUGAUCAGCCUAUCAUCAAUGGCACUCAGUUAAACACAGAUUUGAAACUUGGAGUCUAUGGAGCUCUUGGUUUUGCUCAAGGAAUCGCCAUAUUUGGUACUACUGUGGCCAUCUCCUUGGGGUGCAUCAUCGCCUCCCGUCACCUUCACCUGGAGCUUCUUAAUAAUGUACUUCACUCCCCCAUGUCGUUCUUUGAGUCCACCCCUAGCGGCAACCUCCUCAAUCGUUUUGCUAAAGAGAUAGAUGCCAUAGACAAUAUGAUCCCAGAUGGGCUAAAAAUGAUGCUGAGUUACUUCUUUAAACUAAUGGAAGUCUGUAUCAUCGUGCUGAUGGCCACUCCUUUUGCUGCUGUUAUCAUCCUCCCUAUGGCAUUCGUCUAUGCUUUUAUACAGAGUUUCUAUGUUGCCACAUCCUGCCAGCUGCGGAGGUUGGAGUCAGUGAGUCGCUCUCCCAUCUACACACACUUAAACGAGACUGUGCAGGGUGCCAGUGUCAUCCGGGCAUUCAAUGAACAGUCACGCUUCAUCAUGGGUGCCAAUCAUAAGGUGGAUCAGAACCAAACUGCUUACUUCCCCCGUUUUGUAGCCACAAGGUGGCUGGGUGUAAAUCUAGAGUUUCUGGGUAAUGGCAUUGUUCUUGCUGCUUCGAUUCUUUCUGUGAUGGCAAAAGGAACCCUGAGUCCUGGGAUGGUUGGUCUGGCUGUGUCACAUUCACUUCAGGUGACGGGAUUCCUGAGCUGGAUUGUAAGGGCAUGGACAGAUGUAGAAAACAACAUUGUGUCUGUUGAGAGAGUGAAAGAGUACGCCGACACUCCAAAAGAGGCAGCUUGGACCAUAGAAGGAAGUUCUUUGCCACCAUCUUGGCCUCAAACAGGGACCAUAGAGUUUCAUAAUUAUGGUCUUCAAUACCGCAAAGGCCUUGAGUUGGCCUUGAAAGGCAUCUCUGUUCGAAUCCAAGAGCGAGAGAAGAUUGGUAUUGUGGGAAGAACUGGCGCUGGAAAGUCAUCUUUGGCUCUUGGAAUUUUCCGGAUCUUGGAAGCAGCAAAAGGAGAGAUCUACAUUGACGGAAUCAAUAUAGCAGAAAUCGGGCUUCAGGAUCUAAGAUCCCGGAUCACCAUCAUUCCACAGGAUCCAGUGCUGUUCUCUGGAUCUCUUCGAAUGAACCUUGAUCCAUUUGAUGACUACUCUGAUGAGGAGGUGUGGAAUGUUUUGGAACUGGCUCACCUCAAAAACUUUGUGUCUAAACUUCCAGAUAAACUCAAUCAUGAGUGCUCAGAGGGAGGAGAAAACCUCAGUCUCGGUCAGAGACAGUUGGUAUGCCUAGCAAGAGCUCUUCUCCGAAAGACAAAACUUUUGGUGCUGGAUGAGGCAACAGCUGCAUUGGACCUGGAGACAGACACCCUGAUCCAGUCUACCAUCCGCAGCCAGUUCGAGGAUUGUGCUGUUCUAACCAUCGCACACCGCCUCAAUACCAUUAUGGACUACACAAAGGUAAUUGUUAUGGAUAAGGGACAUAUUGUGGAGAUGGAUUCUCCCACUAACCUGAUUGCGAAGAGAGGCCAGUUUUACUACAUGUGCAGAGAAGCUGGGAUCUUGUGACCUUUUGUACAGACGCCGACAUCAGACACCAACUGUCUUCUUGCGGCCCCUUGUGGUGAAAGCAAAGAACCUGCAGCCUCUCUGUAAUCCAUGCGGAACGCAAAAAGGAACCCGAAUUACACACCGUGGUUUCAUAAAGGGAAAUUACCGGAGACUUGAAUUCCAAUUUUGUUUUACAAAUAAAAGUGGUUAGCUUGAUAAAUCUACUAAAGCGAAGAUGUAACCGUCUACUCAGGUUUAUUGCCUUCUCCAUGGGCACAGUAACUCAAUACAGCUCUAGAGAAGACAAGUCAUUUCCAUUCCUGCCCAGAUUUAAGACUCUUCAGUCAGAAAUUAAAGAUGGGUGCUUGUAAAUUUGUUUGUAGGGUUACACAACAAAAAGAUGUAGUUGAUUGAUACCUGUAAAUAUUUCGAUUGAAAUGAAAUAAAAUCGUAUUUUCCACCUUAGCACUCAUGGUGAAAGAACAUAAAAGAAUGUGAAUAUAGCUAACAUGCAACAUUUCUUGUUGGUAACUUUGGAAAAAAUAAAUUAAGACAAUGAUAUAAGAUCUAGUUGUUCCAUAUAGUUCUCGUGAAGAAUCAUAAAAGAGGACAAAUAAGUUUACAAACAUGGUGCCAUAUAUACUUGACCUGAAAAAUACUAGACUCCAACAAUUAAAGCUUUUACGAGAGCUUAAAGGGAGAAUAAAUAAAAGUAUGGGCGCACAAAUAGGACGUAGUGUUUACUCGUUUCAGCCAAUGUAAUCAUAUAAAAUGGGCAAUAACGACUGGAUGAAUGAGCAUACAAGCUGUACACAAUAAGAAUGGAAUAAUGUAACUACUUCCAUCAUUAACUGCUGUAGGAUAUGAAAAAGGUUCUCUCACAAAAUUGUUUACCGCAUUUCUGAAGGAAAGGGGAUUUUAUUGAGCAGUGUUGCACUUCGGUUUGAGUAAUCCCAAUGUUAUGCAAUUUUAUGUUGUUACUGUAGAUUUUCUUUUAGAAAUAUACAUUAAUCUUAAAACUGGACAUAACACUUGCAUCUCGUCUUAUGACAUGUACUUUCAAGUGCCUUUGAGACGCUUCCAUUGUAUUUAUACAUUAUAUAUUUAAUCUUUGAGACUUUAUCUCACGUUUUGUACGUUUAUACAUGUAAAUAAAGAAUUGACAUUAUGUUAAAGGAUGCAUCAUUGUGCUUCUAUACGCUUUUCUACAGUAAACAGCCUCUUGGACAUGAAGCUUUAGCAAGGAAUGAGUACCAAACUAUAUUUAUUGUUUACAGUAGUAAAGGACAACAUUGUUUUUUUUUUACAAAUCAGUACAGAAAGAUGCCAACAUCUGGAAAUCUUUGAGUCAACCCUUAAAACCCGUUCUCUAUAUCAGCCAUAUUUAAUAAAGGGGUAGGGCUGGCACAGUUAAAAUAGAUUAAACGCGAGUGAUAACGAAUAUAUCUCUGCGAGGAAGCCCGAAUUGAUUUCCUUUUGUGUAGCUUCAAGAUGUAGUUAUAGAUUUGAGAUUAAAAAAAAAAAAAAGUUUGGUGGUUGGUAUUGGUCUUUUUUUAGGACAUUCCAACCUCCUCAACCAAGAUAGUAGAGGAAAUGGGAACGUUAAAUGGAUACAUUUCUACAGACAUUUAAAAGUAUAAACUUAGAAACAGUUGGUUAAAUCCUGCCCAUUUCAGACUACCAUCUUUAGGAUUUGGUCCAGAAGGUUUCUCAGCAAAUUGUGUCUUGUAGCGAGUCUCUUCACUUUUAAAUUACAAUCACAACAGUCCAUAGUCCCACUCUCGUGGUGAGCUCAUAUUAGAAGCAGCCCCAUUUAAAAAAAAAGAAAAAAAAAAAAAAA